AUGGUGCUCUGCGCCGCUGCUUGGCGACGGUGCAGCCGGGCGUAGCGUGUGGGAGACGGAGGCGUGGCUGACGCGGCUGGGAGGGUCCCUUUAGGACCGGAGGCAGGGUGUGGCCGGCCGGGUCCGUUAAUCUCCUCACCGCGCCGCAAGGGGCCGCGUUUUACCACUUGGUUUAGCAACCCUAAGCGGUUUGGAAUCCGCUUUGCUCUUACAGGACCUCAGCCCGUCGUGAUCAGAUUCUCCCACUUUUUUUUGCUUUCCUGAAAUGGAGCGGGCAAUCUUUUUCCAUCUCUACCGAAGUUGAUGUUCAUUUUUAAUCUUUUCGCCCCUCACACCUUUGUAAUAAUGAGGACUAGAAUACUGCAGGGUUGACCUUUGGCCUAAACCAUUUCUAGGUAUGGACUUGCCAGAUGAGAGCCAGUGGGAUGAAACCACGUGUGGCUUUCCUGUUUGUCAGCACCCACAAUGCUGGGCAACUAUCCGCCGCAUUGAGAGGGGCCAUCCUCGAAUCCUUGGCUCAACCUGCAAAACUCCCCUGGAUGCUGAAGAUAAACUCCCAGUGCUCACUGUGGUAAACAUCUCAGAUUCCUGCUUUGCACCUCGUCAUCUACCAGAAUGUACCUUUAGUAAGGCCCGUUCUUUAUUGUCUCGGAGUUCAAAGUUUUACUCCAAAUUUCAUGGCAGGCCUCCGAAGGGUUUACCUGACAAAAGUUGGAUCAACUGUACUAAUAGACUUCCCAAACUUCCAGUGUUGAAUUUGAAUGAGACGCAACUUCCCUGCCCUGAAGAUGUUAGAAAUAUGGUUGUAUUGUGGAUCCCAGAAGAAACAGAGAUACAUGUGAGCCAGCAUGGGAAGAAGAAAAGAAAGAACUUGACAGUGAAAAGCAAGUCAUUUCUGGGUCUCUCCGGAAAUCAGUCCACAGAAACACGAGUAGGAACUCCAGGGAUGACUGUGCCUCCCCCAACCCCAGUGCAAUUGUCUGAACAAUUCACUUCAGAUUUCCUACCUCUCUGGGCUCAAUCCGAAGCAUUACCUCAGGAUCUACUGAAGGAACUUUUGCCAGAUGGAAAGCAAACCAUGCCCUGUCUGGAGAUGAAGAUAAAAUUGGCCAUGAUGAAAAAGAAUCCUCCCUUGGAAAGGAACCGACCUGAUAGUGCGAUUUCUUCUAAGAUGUUUCUAUCUAUACACCGCCUCACCCUGGAAAGACCUGCACUGCGAUAUCCUGAACGUUUGAAGAAAUUACAUAACCUGAAGACAGAAGGUUACAGGAAACAGCAGCAGUGGCAGCAGCAGCAGCAACAGAGGAAAGUGAAAACACCUAUUAAGAAACAGGAGGCUAAAAAGAAAGCCAAGAGUGAUCCAGGGAGCCAGAGCACUUCACAUAAACAUCCAGUUACCACUGUUCAUGACCCUCUCUAUGGUUACGGAACUCUGCCAGGUCAGAACAGUGACAGGAAGCAGCAGCAGCAGAUGGAAAAAGGAACCACCUCGAAACAGGAUUCCACAGAGAGACCAAAGAUGGACUACUGUGACCAUGUGGAUUUCCACCACAAUGUAAAAAGUCCUGAAUUGUAUGAAACAGAACCCACUAACAAGGACAUUAGUGCUCCGGUGGAAGCUGUGCUAGAAGCCCAGGCUGCCAGGCAAAAGAAGAUCUCCUUUAACUUUUCAGAAAUUAUGGCUAGAACAGGCUGGAACUCUGAGCUCAGACUACUGAGGAUUCUUCAGGACACUGAUGAUGAGGAUGAGGAGAACCAGUCCUCUGAGGCAGAGAAGCUUCUGGAGGAAUAGACUGAAGGCAUCCCCUGGGGCAGCUGUGUUCCAAAGUGGGAUGGUUGGUAUCCUGAGGGCAGCAACGUUUCACAUAAGGGCAAGAGGAGAGGGGCUUCUGCUCUCUGGAGCCUUUACCAGGGCCUAAGAUCUGAGCUUAGGGAUUCAGUUUUCUUUGUUCACCUCUACUUGCCUCUAAAAUAAAUGUAGGAGAAAAA